AAAAUGCAUAAACAAUCAUUAAUUCUCUAAUAAAAAGCUCCAAAAGAUAUUAAUGAGCUUGAUUAAGCAUUUAAAUUAAUAGAUCAGAAAUUAGAUGCUCCAAGUUCUUAAUUGUUACUAAUGAAAACUAGAUAUAUAUCAAUUGAUCCAAUAAUGAGAGUUUGGAUAUCUGGUGCUAAAACGUAAUUUAUUAUAUUCUAAAUUAUUAGUUAUUUACCUGCAUUAUAGUAGAAUGAUAUAAUACAUGCAUUUACUUUGAGUUCUCCUGUUGAUAAUUAAAAUGACAUAUAUUUUGGCCCUGUUGGAUUAUAAACUCAUUUUCUAUAUGACAAAAAUGAUAAGAAAAAUUAAUUAAUAAAAGUUCCACGCUAAAUGUUAUAGAUGAUAUAAAAGUGUGAAUUGUAAACUUCAAAUUUUUUAACUAUUGUUUUAAAUGGGCUACCAGCUUAUUAUGGAUUGAUUGAUUUCUGUAAGAUUUAGAAAGGAUAGAAAGUUGUGAUAUCAGCAGCAGCCGGAGCUACAGGAUUAUUUUGUAUUUAACUUGCUCUGAAUAUGCAAUGUGAUGUUAUUGGAUUUACAGGAGAUAAAGAAAAAAUGAUAUUCUUAUAAAAAUAAUUUCCAAAAUUAAGAAUCAUAAAUUAUAAAUUGGAUGAUUGGGAUACAUAAAUUGAAAAUAAUAGUGUAGAUUGUUAUUUUGAUAAUGUUGGUGAAUAUAUGCUUGAAAAAUUGAUAGAAAAAAUGAAGAAAAAUGGAAAGAUUGCAUUAUGUGGAUCUAUGGGAAGUUCAUCAAAUUAUAAUGAAAGAUAAGGAUUAUGUAAUCUAAAUUAACUCAUUUAUAAACGAUUAAAAUUGAAAGGUAUUACUUUUAAUUAAGAAUUAAAUAAGUAUUAAUUAAUAUAUACAAGAAUUCAAGCUGCUUUUGAUUAUUUAUUUUAACAGUUCCAAUAAAAAAAGUUAAAAAUAUUUUAGGAAGAGUAUAAUUAAUUAAAUGAUACCCCUAAAGCCCUGAAGCGUCUAUUUAAAGGAGAAAAUAUAGGAAAAAUUAUUAUUAAUUUAGAUAAUUAAUAGAAGCUAUGA